AUGGUAGAUAUUAACUCCGCGGGAUCGGCGCGCGGGAGCCGGAGCGGAAGUGGCGGGUUUUCGAGGCCUGGCGGCGGGGGACAUCAGGUCUCCGUUGCGGAAGGAGGCGCAGGGAGGUCGGAGCUAACAGCACUGCUUAACCACCUGCUGCAGUACCCUGCCUUCUCCUCUCCCUCUACGGGCUUCGCUUCGGACGCUGCUGGAGAUGCUUAUAGCGGGUAUGUGACUGCUGGUGGUGGUGGUGGUGGUGGUGGUGAGGGCAAGGAGGAUUUUUUUGGUGCUGCCACGUGGCGUCGCCUGGGGCUGCCACGUGGCAUGCUGGAGCAGUUUUAUGACCGGCAGCAGAAGCUGGUGCUGGUGAAGCUGUGCACGAGUGUGAGUGGACGAGCGGCUAGGAGCGCUGGUAAAAGUGUGACUAAAAGCGCAGCUAGGAGUGCUGCUAAAAGUGGGACUAACGCGACGUCAGAUGGAGAGUAUGGCAAGGGGAAAGGGAAGGGGGGUAUGAGUGAAGGGGGGGUUGGGGAUUUCGUGGUUAAAAAGGAGGAGGGAGCAGAUAGUGAGGUGGGCGCUGGGGAAGGGGUGAGGGAAGAGGUGGGGGAAGAGAUGGGAGAGAAAGAAACUGAGAAAAGGGAAGAACGGGAGGGGCGUUUUAAAAAGGAGGAGGAGGAGGAGGAGGAGGAGGAGGAGGAGGAAGAAGAGGAGGAGGAAGAGGAGGAAGAGGAGGAGGAAGAUGAAGAGGAGGAAGAAGGGGAGGAGGAGGAAGAGUGGAAGGAGGAGGAGGAGGAGGAGGAGGAGGAGGAGGAGGAGGAGGAGGAGGAGGAGGAGGAGGAGGAGGAAGAGGAAGAGGAAGAGGAGGAGGAGGGUGACAUGGAGGCAGCGGUGGAGCGGGCGUGGUUGCUGUUAUUCACAGCGUGCCACGUGGUGGUAUGUGUCAGCCCCUCGCCCCUCUUCCACCCGCACCUGCUGCGCUCCUUCCGCUCCCUGCAGCGCGCCAAGCUCGCCCUGCUGCCGCGCCUGCUGCUGCCCCACCGACCGAGGGAGACACUGCCAAAGCAUCCGACGACGCCAGAGCACUGCGAGGAGAAUCAGCUGCUGCAAGAGCUGCCCCAGCCUGCUGCUCUCGCCGUGACUCACACCGCAGGAGGAGGAGGGAAGGGCGAGGGAGGAGGCAAGGAUGGUGGGGCUGGGGGCAGGGAGGCGGCUGCUGUAGCAGCAGGAGGAGGAGGAGGAUCAGCCACUGGUGCUGCUGGUGCUUCUACUGUUGGUACCAGUGCGGCCAGUGACGCGAGUCCACCUGUCAUGUCGCCAUUGGUCAUCCGUCGCCGCAUGCAAUCCGCCCUGGAGUCGCAGAUCAGAUCACUGCUCAAGCGCUGCCGCCCGGUGGCCUCUGCUGUGGACGUACACGUGGCAGGCCCCCGUUGGCUGAGGCAAUGGACGGCCAUGAUGAAGAGUGGAGCACUGAGCCAGAUGAAAGAUGCGGAAGGAGCAGCAGCAGCGCCACCAGCAGCAGCAGCAGCAGCAGCAGCACCACCAUCAUUAGCAGAAGAUGCAACACUGGCAGCAGCGGUGGCAGCAGCAGCGUCCCCUCUGUUCGUGCUGGACCCCUCUCGCUGUGCUCUCGUCAUUCACCACUCUGCUCUCUCCAACCAACGCGGCCUCUCCACUGCUACUGACGCCCUCAUGGCUGCACAACUGGGCGACAAUCCGGGUGGCGGUUUGGGCGGCAGUCUGGGCGGCAUGGGACAAGAACUGGGCGGCAAGGGAUUGAACGCGAGCGUGGCAUUGCAGCAGCAAGGCCUUCCUCUCUCCUUCUCCCUCCUCUCCCCGUCCUUCUCAUCCCUCGCGCCCUUCUCCCCCGUGCUUCUCAACCCGCCAGCACCGCUCUCCACCGCACCGCAAUCCCACGUACCCUCCACCCUCACAUCAGCCCUCUCAGCAGCACCACUUUCCUCCUCAUCAGAACUAGCAGAGUCAGCAGCGGGGUCGAUCUGGGACUUUAUUGUGGGGCAGAGGGAGGUGAUGGAGGCUCGAUGGAAGGCCGCUCAGCCCCUCCCAGGGCGAGGCGCUGGCUCUGCCAGUGUUGGGGGCAGAGGGGGAAGUGGCGCCACGGACGGCAGCGGUACCGCCUUAUUGUCCCUUGCUCCAACCGCAGCUGUGCCAGCUGGUUCGGGUGCAGCAGCAGCAGCAGCAGGAGGAGGAGGAGGAGAAGGAGCAGGAGCAGGAGCAGGAGGAAAUGAAGGGGCGGAUGUGGAAGCAGGGCCAGUGGCAGGGGCAGGGGCAGCAGCAGCUGUAGGGGCAGGGGCAGGGGGGGGGAGAGGGGGCAUGAGGGGGAGGGGAGGGUGGGCGGGGGCGCUGGGGCUGACAAGAGGGGGAAUGGGGGGAGGGGGGGCAAGAGGGCGCAUGGGGGGAGGCGUGGGGGGAACUGCAGGCGGAGUGGGGGGAGGGGGGCUACCGUGGGAGCUACCAGAUUUUGACACGUGGCAGGCUGGGUGUGAGAGGGUGGCUCGUGUGGUGUGUGAGUGGAGAGGGAAAAGGGAUCAGGGUUCUGGUCAGAGGGUGGACGGAGGGUUCCAAGGGGAUGCAAAGGAGUUUGGUGCGGUGCUGACCGCGUUUGGUUAUCCUGGCAGAGGUGCUGGUAGCAGUAGGAAGAGGGACGUGCAAGGAAGAGGAAGAGGGGGAGGAAGAGGAGGAGGGAGAGGAGGAGGGAGAGGAGGAGGGAGAGGAGGAGGAAGAGGAGGAGGGAGAGGAGGAGGAAGAGGAGGAGGAGGACAAGGAAGGGUGGGUGUAUCGGCAACACCAUCUCUACAAUCAUCAACAGCAGCAGCAGUGCUCACGCCAUCCCAACCUCCCUUCACGCACACGCACAUGCACUGCGACCAAUCAGAUUCGUCCAGCUCCCGUGCAGCGCGCUUCUCCUCCUUGCUCUGCCGCACUGCCCUCACCCGCGCCCUCCACACGUACCGCAGGGGCCUCGGGCAGCUCUACACUGCCCGUGUGCACCAAACACACUUCUGGGCAGCCGUGAAAGUUUUCGCGGAGGCCGCCCGAGGACCUGCCCGGGGGGAGUUCUUCGAGCUGCUGACGCGGCAGUGUUAUGAGCACUGGGUGGGGAAGGGAGUGGGAGGAGUGGGAGGAGGGAGGCAGCAGUGUGAGGCGGUGUCUGCCUUGGGAUUACCAUGCUGGUUACCGCUAGGGCAUGAGAGGUGGGGGGUGGCAGUGAGGGAGGAGGUGCACGGGAUGGCAAGGAGGGCAGGGGAAGCAGGGCAACGGGAACACACUGUUGCAGCUUUCUUCGAGGGCAGAGCGAGCAGGUGUGGGAGUGGGGCGAGCAGGCAUGAGAGCGGGGCAGUGCUGCUGUGUGCGUGUGUCUGUGGCAGCACUCAAGCUCUUCUCUGUGACCCCUUCCUCCCUACGCCCCUCUCCUCCUUCUCGCUCUCCUCCCUCCUCCGCCCAUCGCUUUCCUGCUGCGACCUGCUCUGGUCCAUUCCUCUUGACCAGACGAGCUGGGGAGAAGCAAAGGCGAACAGGCAAAGCUCUAAAGCUGGCGAGACGGAAUCUCAAUGGAGAGAGGACGUGCAGAGGAGAGAGCGGAAGGGGGGUGAGGGGUUGGAAUUUGAGUGGGGUGUUACUGUUCUGGGCAGUCGGAAUGGGUACGACCCAAUUAAGGGGGUCCAGCAGGAGGGAUUUCUGCCUGGGCGAAACUUUCUUCUGCCCUGGGCAGUCCAGCUGCCGGCGAUCUAUGUGGCUGAGGAGGGAGGCCGGGGUGCGGGCAGCAGCAGAGGGGCAGGAAAGGAAAGCGGGUUGGUGGGUGUGGAGGGAGGGACGAGGGGAGGUGGAGGAGUGGGAGAUGGAGGAGAGGGAGGUGGAGGGAAAGAGGGGGAGGUGAGGGGGGGGGUUGGGAGGGAGAGAGUGACAGGUGAGAUCUGGGCUGUGAGGAAACGAGGAGGAGGAGAGGAGAUGGAGGGAGUGAAGGAGCUGGGCAGGGUGCAGAGAGUUGAAUCAGAGAACAGCAGAGGAGAAGGAGGGGAGGGAGGAGAGGGAGGAGAGGCAGGAGAAAGAGGGGGUGAAGGGGAGGGAUGUAAAGUGCCAGGGGUUGUGGAAGCUGCUGCGUCGAAGGGGUUGGGAGGUGGGCGUGGGGCGGUGGCCGAGACUCGCUAUUGCAUGGCUCGAUAUAGUGUAGGGGAUGCUGGCGUUAUUGCUGCACUAGAAGAGGGGGCUAAGGUGGUGGUUGCAGAAAGGGAGUGGCAGCAGGGGCAGGGAGGGCAGGGCGUGCAGCAGGAAACAGAGGGGGAGGUGGAUGCACGGGCAGAGGAUGGGGGGAAGAAGGAGGUGGGGGCAGGGGCAGGGGCAGGUGCAGGAGCAGGGGCAGGAGCAGGGGCAAAAGCAGCAGCUGUGGUAGGGACAGGGGCAACGGCAGCGUUACGUGCUCGUGAGGUGCAGCCUCCCACCUCUUUUGCCCGUGUUGCCGCCAUUGCAGGGGGAGCAGGUAGGCAAGCAGCAGCAGUGAACACUGCUGAGAUGGCGUUCCCUCCCCUCUCUGCCUCUGUGCAUGGCGCAGCAGCACCGCAUGGGGUGACAGCAGGGCAUGGCGCAGCCACUGCAGCGCAUGGGGCUGACAAGGGUGGCGGGGCAGAGGGAUUGAUUGGAGGUGAGAAGGACUGGGUUGGGGAGUGGGUUGGGAGGGACCAGUCUCUGGUGGUGGUGUGCCCUGCGUGUGAGGCGGUGAGAGAGCGUGGUGUGCGGAGUGUUACUGUGAAGGGGGAGGAGGUGAUGCUGGGGAGGGAUGAGAGAGUGGAGGGGGAAGGGGAGGGGAGUGGGGAAGAGGAGGAGGAGGAGGAGGAGGAGGAGGAGGAGGAGGAGGAGGAGGAGGAGGAGGAGGAGGAGGAGGAGGAGGGAGGGGAGGAGGGGGAAGGGGAGGAGGAGGAGGGAGAGGAGGGGGGAAGGGAAUCGAAUACAAAACGGGUGGGAAGAGCGAUUGUCAAACAGGAGAGAGAAGAGGAAGUAGGAUUGGGAGAAGCAAAGGCCUCGACUGCUGGUGAUGGUGAUGCGAGCAGCAGUGGCGGGACGGGAGAGGGGAUUGAGAGGCAAGAUGGGAAGACAAUUGGGGAUGUGGGAGGGAAAGGAGCAGCGAGGGGAGAGGGCAGCAAGGAGAGAGGGUCAAGUGGGGGCAAGUGGGGCCACAGGAAGAGGUUCUUCCCAGCAACUGCUGCUACUCUGCAGCGCAUCUAUGUGGUCCCUUCUGUUUUGAGGCAUCUCAGUAACGACGAGGAGGGCGAGGGGAGGGUGGAGAGCAGUAAAACUGGCCGGGGGGGCGCAGUGGGUGGCGAGGGGGGGGUAGGGGCGGGGGCGAAAGAGGGGGAGGAGGGGGAGGGGGGGGAGGAGGGAGGAAGGGGGGCCGUGGGGGGGGUAGGACGAGUUAUCACGGGUCUCGAGCCUCUGGCUCCUAUGGGUACGGUCAUCAUCAGCUUUUCUGCCCGCCCCUCUCUGCUGUGUGGCGUGGCGUCUCUCCCAUGCACGGAUGCACGCCCCCCACCAAAGGCAGCCGCAGCCACACUGGGUGGCACGGUGCUGCCUCACUGCAUGGAGGCAUGCACUGCACGCCCCCUCACUGCCACUGCACUGCCUGCAUCAGCUGCGAAGGCUGCAUCAGGGUCCACACCAGUCAUCUACUCUGCCGCUGCCUUGCUGAGUGCAGGCAGUCCCAUGCAGGGCAAGGUGCAGGGUAAAGCGCUCUUUGUCUAUCCACCCACUUUCGCAUCUUGCCGUUACGCCUCUGCGAGUGGCUUUGGGGGCGGCUGCUCCGUGCACGUCUUUCUGUGGCCGGGGCACGGCCGCUCUGACGUCCUUUCGGUAAAGCCUUUCCCCUGCUAG